CAUGAUAUGGUACUAACUACUAAGCAGUAAAAAGUUAAGAAGCAUGGAAAGAGUGCAUAUUAUUUGUGCUGCUUUUUUUAUAGUCUUUACACAUAUAGCAUUUUAUUUCAUCAACAAACUUUGGUUAAAGCCAAAGAGGCUGGAGAAUUUCUUGAGAAAGCAUGGAUUUCAGGGCAAUCCAUACCGUUCAAUUCAUGGAGAUCUCUCGGAGAUCACUCGUCUCACACGAUCUGCACUUUCCAAGCCCAUAUCAUCCCUCUCUCAUGAUAUUAUUCCUCGCAUCAUGCCUUUUGUUCAUGAAACCAUCCAACAAUAUGGGCUGAAGUCUUUUAUAUGGUACGGUAGAAGGCCAAGAAUCAACGUCACAAAGCCAGAACACAUAAGGGAGAUAUUCACCAAAUAUGAGGUGUACCACAAGGAGUGCCCGACGGGGAGUGGAACUUUUGGCCUAGUAAUGCGAGAGGGCAAAAUUAGACGAAUUCUUAAUCCUGCUUUUCAUGUCGAGAAGUUAAAGAACAUGGUGCCAAUAAUGCAAUUAAGUUGCGAGACAAUGUUAAAAAGAUGGGAAGGAAUGGUGGCAGAAAAAGGAUCGUCUGAAAUUGAUGUGUGGUCUUUUUUAAGUAGUAUGUCAGCUGAUGUAAUUGCUAGAGCAGCAUUUGGAACUUCUUACGAAGAGGGAAAACGACUAUUUAAGCUCCAAGAUCAACAUGUAAUAAUCACCUUUCAACUGCUACGUUCUGUUACUAAUUACAUUCCAGGAUGGAGGUACAUUCCAACAAAGAUGAACCGAAAGAAGAUCAAGGUUGAGCGUGAAAUCCGAGAAAUAGUCAAGAAUUUGAUAGGCAAAAGGAAAGAAUCGCUAAAAAAAGGUAAGUACGAGUACAAAGAUGAUUUACUAGGAAUAAUGUUGGAGUCAAAUGAAAAAGAGAUUGAAGAGCAUGGAAGUGGGAUGACAAUGGACGACAUAAUUGAAGAGUGCAAAUUGUUCCAUUUGGCUGGAGAGGACACCACUGCAGCUUUGCUUACAUGGACAAUUUUGUUAAGUCAAUACCAAGAUUGGCAAACUAAAGCAAGAGAGGAGGUUUUUAAGCACUUUGGAAAGGAUAAGUCUCCCGAUUUUGAAAGCAUCAAUCAUCUUAAAAUAGUAGCUAUGAUUAUAAAUGAAACUCUGAGAUUUUAUCCUCCUGUGACAUCUCUUUCUCGGAUGAUCCACCAAAAUACCAAACUAGAUAAGUUACCUCUACUAAAAGGGAAAGAAUUCAGUUUGCCAACUAUUCUUGUACAUCGAGAUCCAGAUCUAUGGGGUAGUGAUGCAAACGAGUUUAAUCCGGGUCGUUUUGCACAAGAAGUAUCAAAUGCAGCUAAAGUCCCAGGUUCCUUCUUCCCCUUUGGUGGUGGACCUCGAGUGUGUAUUGGCCAAAAUUUCGCAUUAGUAGAGGCGAAGCUAGUUUUGGCAAAGAUUCUUCAACGCUUCUCAUUUCAACUCUCCCCCUCUUAUGUUCAUGCUCCUAGAUGUCUUGUGAGCUUAGAACCACAAUUUGGGACUCCUCUUAUUCUACACAAUAUCUAAGUACUUACGUGAAUCUUGAUUUAAUUUUUUAAUUGUACUAUUUUGAAUUUUAGCCUUUCUUUUCAAGUCAAUGUUCCUACUGGGAAAGACAUGCCGUUACAACGGCGACAUGUGAAUGAAGUUAUUUAUUCGAGUUUUGAUUCACUAUUUGAAAUUUAAAUUUUUAUUGUUAAAUCAGAACAUUAUGACACUUAAACAUUAUAAAGAGGGUAGUGUUUGGUUUGCAAAAAUUGAGGUAUAAAAAUAGAAUUUGGAUAUAUAAUCCUUUAAAAAUAUUUUGGUUGGAUGAUUAUCAACAUACUUAACUCUUUAAAAUACAAAAUCAUUUUCCCCAUUUUGAAACCAUUGCAAUUCUUACUCUAAGGUUUUACCUUGUUUUCUUCUAAUAGAAGUUGAAAUCUUCUUCCCCUCAAAAAUAAAAAAAAAGCAACAUGUUGU